AACAGAGGAAAAAUCAGUGUGACAACUCGGAGCCUGAAACUUAUCGGUGGGACUGUCCCCGCCGCCCACAGGCACAUCCCCGGCAGUGUAGGAGCCCCUGUGUCCCCCGCCAUGGCCACCCUGUAAGGCAGUACCGGCUCCGUGAGUUUCACCUCUCAGGUAACAGCAAGGAAUCGUCACAUCAAGAUGUUGGGAAGGGCUUUCAUUGUGGCUGUAUUGUACUGUGCGACGUUCUGUAAGGCAGAUAAACCUACUAACAGUUCCACUCCCAGGUUAAUCAUCCUAUCCUUCGAUGGAUUCCGGGCUGACUACCUAACAAGAUUCCCCAUGCCUAACCUUGAUGAGUUUAUGAAGGAAGGGGUUCAAGUGGAAGAAGUCAAAAAUGUCUUCAUAACCAAGACUUUUCCCAACCAUUACUCCCUAGUCACCGGCCUUUAUGCCGAAAGCCACGGCAUCGUGGCCAAUCACAUGUAUGAUAAUGACACUCGGCAGGUAUUCCAUAUGAACGAUUCAAAUUCCAAGUGGUGGGACGAGGCAACUCCUAUCUGGGUGACAAAUCAGAAGCAAGGCCAUAAAAGCGGAUGUGCCAUGUGGCCCGGGUGUAAUGUGCCCAUGCACAAUGUAACCCUCAAUGCAUCUCUUAAUUAUAAUCCCAAUGUUACCUUUACUGAAAGAGUAAAUAACGUCACCAUGUGGCUUACGAGGCCCAAUGAUCCAAUCAACUUUGCCACUAUUUACUGGGAGGAGCCUGAUGCAAGCGGACACCGUUUUGGGCCCGAUGACCAUGACAAUAUGGCCAAAGUACUGAAAGAAGUGGACGAGCACGUGGGCUACUUGAUGUCAGAGCUAAAAAAGGCCAAGCUUUGGGAUACAGUCAAUGUGAUUAUCACUAGUGACCAUGGCAUGGCCCAGUGCUCCAAGGACAGAAUUAUAAAACUGAAUGACUGCAUCGGCCCCGGAAACUAUACGCUGGUGGACGACAAUCCUGUUGCAGCAAUCCUUCCACUUUCAGAUACACAGCUUGUCUAUGAUCUGCUAAGGAACUGCCACCCUCACAUGAAGGUGUACAGGAAAGAAGAGAUCCCAGAGCGCUGGCACUAUAAACACAACAGCCGGAUCCAGCCGCUGCUUCUGGUUGCAGAUGAGGGAUGGAUGAUUACCCAGAACCAUUCAAUCUCUAUGUUGGGAGAUCAUGGCUACGACAACGACCUUCACAGCAUGCACCCCUUCCUGGCCGCCCACGGGCCGGCAUUUCGCAAGGGUUACAGAAUGCGCACCAUAAACAGCGUGGAUAUCUAUCCCUUAAUGUGCCACAUCCUUGGCAUAACCGGGCUGCCCAACAACGGGACACUGAAGGAUAUCAAAUGCUUAUUGGUCAACCAGUGCUACAUUCAAAUCCCGGAAGCUAUCGGAAUAGUCAUCGGAGCCAUCAUGGUGCUCACCACCCUGACGUGCAUCAUCGUCAUGCUGAAGAAGAAGAUGCCCUCCACGCGCCAGUUUUCACGGCUUCAGUUUCAGGAUGAUGACGAUCCUCUGAUUGGUUGAAGCUAAAGAUUUCCUACUACCAGAUUGUAAUGUGCUUAAUGCUUCUGAUGGUGGCCAAGGUAGACGGGUUUUGGGGUGUGGAAGAAUGCUGACCCUCUUGUGUGUAGGGAUAUUCGGGUACACUCUGUGUGUCACCAUCUCCAGAUUAACCAUUUGGUUUCCAUUGAAUUCUGUGCCACAUACAGGCAUACAGCUACGGCGGCACACUGUCCGUAUGUAUGUGCCAACCUCCCCGGCACAGAGACCUCCGGCUGCGACUAAGCAAUAUUGGUUGCUGAUUGGAUAGAACUGAUCGACUACCCGGAGAUAACGACAGUCCUUUAUUACUGGAAGAAUGAAAGCCCCAAUUGUGUAGCCUUAUUGCACUUUGCCGGUGGGAGUCCCUUCUGAUUGGCUUGUGCUUUCCAUGAUUUUAGGAACUAAAGAAAAUAACAGCACAUAGCGAAACCUUUCCCUGCUUGCAUUACUGGGGCACAGAUUGGGGAAAAUACUUGAAUUGUACUUUCUUAUUUAAAUAUUGCCUUUUCUUCCGUCUUGCCUUUGUUUAAAGCAAUAUUAUUCCUUCCUUCCGACGCCCUGUAUUUAGGGUUGUUUGUUAUCAUAGGUUGUUUCCAAAAUUGCACUAUGUGAGCUUCUGCCUCCGUAUGAUCCAUGGAUCUUCCAUCUAUGGUAUAUUAUUGGUUUGUCUGCACUGAGCCGUAGCACUCGCUUCUAUGGCCGCUUGCCCUUUAAAGAGACAGCGCCCCGUAUUUCUCCAUUUUCAUAUGCCAAGUGUGGUUCAUCUUUGGCGCUUUACUUGACUUUUUAUUGUCACGCAGGGUUAAUGUUGAUCUUUUGCUUGCGUAACAACCAUCAAAUUCUCAUUUUCCAUAAAUUUGACAUUUGUUCUAUUUGUAAGUGAUACUUAGGGAAGAAAGUCAUUUGUAUUCUUUGCAUUUCACAGUCCUUACAGGGUUGCUUUAAAAUGAAGUUUUAGUAUAGACCAUAGUAAUCCAAAUAGGAUUAGUCUUUAUAUUUGGGUAUUUUCUUUAUUGUUGUACAGUCCUGAGGCUUUAAAGGCAAACUUUCUGGUUGCUAGGUCCUUAGUUACCCUGGCAAUGUGGCAGCAGUUUGAAUGUCAGACUGGAAGAUGAAAAGUACAGUUCCUACAUAAAAACAUUUAGUGAAAAAAUAAAUGAGGGAGAUGUAUUCCUUUUCAAAUGAGUUUACAAAUGUUUAAACUCACUGGACUAUUGAACCCCCUCCCCUAUACUGUAUGGAACUUUUUUUUUUUGAUAACUCUCAAAAAUGAGUUUGGAAUUAAAAAAAAAAAAAAA